AUGGAGGAACUUGAACAGCCUCUCAAUCACAAUUCGCGUCGCUCCUCUAUCAUAGAGAUCCAGGAAAAAUAUAACGUGAAAAUCACGUUUUCGUUGGAAAAGCAGACCUUUGAAUUGAGAGGAAUUGUUUUGAAACAGCUUCAUGAUGCACGCAAGGAAAUACAAAGGAUACUGCUCAACAAAUCAUCAUCCGCAAACCAAAUUUCCGUGAUUCCACCACGUCGAAAGCAAAUCGACGCCACCGAAAAAUUUCCAUCCACGAACCUCCGUCCACUCAAUGACGACGAAUUCGAGAAACAUCAACCCGAGGAAGAUACUGAAGGACUAGAGAAACCGUUUCUCAUCGAUAAUCGCAUUGAGGAUAUAGAAGAUUUGUUGGGGACGAAGAAUGUGGCAAAUCAGAAUUCGAAUUAUUGGAAGGACAUAUGUAAGGAUUGUGGGGUGGAGGGGGAUGUUAUUAUUGAUCGCAGGAGAAUUAUGGUUAACGGAUCGAAAAUUAGUGACAUUGAAGAGGCCAUGAACCGGCUUCGUACCCUUCAGAUGAUUUAUUUACGUCCUCCAUUCAAAACACAAAAAAUUCCACUCAUUCACUACCCAAACCAAAACAUGGUUUUCAAGUUACUCUUCUAUCCGCUAAAAAAACACGCGUAUUUUAAAGACAAAUUUAGCGCGGUCAAAUUAAUUGAUCCACAUAUUCUGGUGGCGGUACGACAGAAUGCGGAAGGUGAAUAUAAUUUAUUGCCGAAUGAGCUUGAUAUUGGACUGCUUCCUCCUCAGAAUAAAGCUCCGGCAAUUCUGAAGUUAUCCGCGCAGUCUAAUAUGAAGGGACAAGAGACAAAUUGGCCAGCUGAACAGCAAACACAAAUAAAAACUUUGGCCAGUUCAACAUCUGAAUUUUCAAGCUCUGACUCCCCAGAUCUCUUGGCUAAAAAUUCAGUUCCACAUAAUAAUACUCAACGACCUAUUUCUUACAGGGGACAGUCUCUGGAAAGACCAGGAGCAGCACCAAGUACUCAGCAAAAUUCUGUAAAUGAUGAUUUCAAACAUCCAAAUCCUUCACAAUCCCAAGGUUUCGAAGAAACACGACAAUCACCAAAACCAAGUGAUUUCAACGACGAAUUCAUUAAUCGAGCGCUAAAGACAGAAGAAGAAAAACAAGCGCGUAAAGAAGCAAAAAAAGCAAGAAUCGCUAAAAUGAAAUAUGAGCGUAUUCAAGAAACAUUAAAUAAUUCCAACGAAAAUACUUUUCCUCCUGGCAGUAAUACAAGAGUUCUGGUGGAAAAUGAGGCAGAAAAGAAGUCGAAUGAGCAAACUGAAUUAAAACCUAAACUUAAAAAAAUUGUUAUGGAAAAGAGUCCGGAUACUAGUGGCCCUUUUGAUUAUCAACCAAUUACCUUUGGAAAAAGGGUGCGCAACUAUAAUUUUGAACAAAUGAAAAAAGCAUUUACUGAGGCAUUUGACCAUGCGCGGUCACAUAAAGGAGAAAUUCGGUUUCAUGGAAGCAUUGGCAAAGUGACCUUCUCGGGAGUGACACCUCAAAUCAACUCAAAACUAUGGGAAUUUACAGAUGUCAAAGAUAUCUUAGUUGGGGAAUUAGGCGUAUUCCCAGGAUUCACCGAUACGGUAACGGAAGAUCCACGAUUUAUACAAUUGCUUUAUGAAAAUUUAUCAAUGAGACCUUCAGCGAAGACGGCGUUCUUUGAAAUCAACGCAAUUUCACGCAACAAUAAACAUAGUGAAUAUAUUCCCGUCACUAUGUUUGUCAAUUGCGAUUAUGUUGCGUUGGGCAAAGUUACGCUGUGUUGGGAGCAUCUUGUUGAUGUUGAUUGGAGCAUUUUAGACAGGAGAUUUGAUUUCCAAAUGUGCUUAAAGACACGUAAAUUUAUCCGACACGACGUUAAACCAUUUUCCACCUUCAUGAAGAAAACUUCAGUUCAUCCCGCAAGCAGAAUGAUCACAUUUGAAAACAUUGAAGAUUACUUGGAAGUCAAGUCGAUUUCUUUCAAACAGGUUAUCAACGAUGUAAUACGCGAAAAGAUUAAAGACAAUGUGGAUCUUGGCGCCGGUAAAUUGGGAAACUGGACAGUUGAGGAUAUACUUGGUGAAGAACCGGGACUGUUAAAUCUGGUUGAAUUGACAAAGACUAUGUUGAUGUUGAUUGAACGGUGUCAUAAAGUUGCGGAGAAUAGGGCUGAUGAAGAAGCAUAUAAGAUACGGAAAAAAGACAAAUAA